GGCCAUAUAUUGGUGGAUUCUAUAUGAGAAUGAAGAUGGCGUUUACUUUUGGUGCACAAGGAUUCAUUCUACUUGCAAUUGCAGCCUCUUUCUUGCUAGUUGGUGAGGCUAGAACCAUUGUUGUCGGAGGCUCAGAAGGCUGGCGUUUUGGCUUCAACUACACAGAUUGGGCUCUCAAAACAAGUCCUUUCUACCUGAACGAUAAAUUAGUAUUCAAAUAUGCACCCCCAAGUGACACCUCUGUUGCUCCAAAUGUCUACCUAUUACCAAACCUAUUGAGCUAUUUGGCAUGUAACUUCAGUAGUGCGAAGCUGCUGGCAAACGAAACACAAGGAAGUGGCGAAGGUUUUGAGUUUGUGCUGAACCGCUGGAGGCCUGCAUACUUUGCUUCUACAGCAGAGGAUGGCAGUCACUGCCGUGAGGGACAGAUGAAGUUCUUUGCUAUCCCAUUGCCACAUCCGAGUUAAUUAUCGAUGACCAGCUUAACGACGCCGAUCGAGGGCUUGAAAACGACGCAGGCAGUGCUUGCUGUGUGUUGUUCAUCAGGUUUUAUUUUCUAUGGUACAAAAACAUUCAA